UUUCGUGCAAAAAAAAACCUCCAUGCGUUGGGUAUGAAAAGUGCAGCUGAAGAUGAGGAACCACACCCGCUCGUGCGGUACUGUCACGCGGACACACCGUACAGUGAGCUGAUUUGUCCGAUUUGCUGGGAGCUGCUGGCGAAGGACGUUUGCAUUACCUGCUGCGGGCAUAUCUUUCACGCCGACUGUUUGCUGCAGUGGUUCGAGUGCUCUAAAACCUGUCCCCAGUGCCGUAUUGCGUGUGGUACAUUCCAUCGCAUCGUUCCGAUCGGCUCGCGGGUGGACCAACCCAGCAAGUCUUGCACUGGACCGGCCGACCCGGAUCCAAGAGAUACGGCACUGGCCGAUACAUUUUGGAUAGUCGUUGCCUUUUUCCUGUUCGUGCUGUGCUGCCGGAUGGCGAAGAAAUCGUUUGUAGAGUAGUUAAGCUCGCGAGCGCUAUUCGAGCAGCGGGUUCGUGUCUACGGUAAGCGGCUGCUCGAAUC